GUUCCGCUUAUUGGACCAAGUAAAGCGAGUUUUCCUACAACAAGGGAACAAGAGUUUGCGCCCGGUCCCCACACGGGUGGCGUUCGAAAAUUAUGAAAUUUCGCCCGAGAUGCACAAUUGCAUUUGUGGCGCUACUGCUUCAAGUUGCCCUUGUUAGCAGUAAGGCGCUUCAACAAAAUGCCGGGAUUAUACAGAACCAAUGGCAGAAUCAACAAGGGAACACAGAGGGAAUCCAAAAAAGAUAUGAUCCGGGAGCAGAUUCAGGACAUGAUGAUCAUCAUGAUCAUGGAUACUGGAAGAAAAAGUUAAUCUGGAAACCUGGCUGGAAGAAAAUUUGGAAACCAGCUCAAAAACAAAUUUGGAAACCCGCAUGGAAAAAAAUCUGGAAACCUGUUUGGGAGCCAACGCAACGAGCGAUAUGGAAAGAAAUUCAAGUGCCGGCUUGGAAAAAAAUUUGGAAGCCAGUUUGGAAAGAAAUUCAAGUGCCUGUGUGGAAAGAAAUUCAAGUUCCUGCAUGGAAAAAAGUUUGGAAACCUGUGUGGAAACCAAUUAAGGUACCUGGAUGGAAAGAAAUUCAAGUUCCAGACUGGAAAAAAGUGUGGAAGCCAAUUUGGAAAGAAAUCCAAGUGCCUGCAUGGAAAGAAAUUCAAGUGCCUGCAUGGAAAAAAAUCUGGGUUCCUGAGUGGAUUAAAGUUGGAGUUCCUGGAGAGCAUAACAUUGGGACAGAUCAUAGCGGAUGGCAGUAUACAAGUCAUGAUCUUUGGAAGAAAAAACUAAUUUGGAAACCCCUUUGGAAAAAAUACUGGAAGCCAGCAAAAAAACAAAUUUGGGUACCAGACAAGAAACUCGAAUGGAAGGAAGAAUGGAAACAAAUAUGGAAACCGGCAAAAAAACAAAUUUGGUUAGACGAUAAAAAACUUGUUUGGAAAGAAGAAUGGAAACAAAUUUGGAAGCCUGACAAGAAACUUAUUUGGGUCCCAGACAAAAAACUUGAGUGGAAAGAAGCCUGGAAACAAAUCUGGAAAACAGAAAAGAAACAGGAAUGGAUACUAGACAAAAAACUAGCUUGGAAAGAAGCCUGGAAGCAAAUUUGGGUGCCUGCAUGGAAGGAGAUUUGGGUACCAGAUUGGAAAAAAAUUUGGAAACCAGUUUGGAUCUCAGAAUGGUUUCCGGCAGAAGAUCAUCAUCAUCCUCAUCAUGGUAGUGGAUGGGAAGAUCGUAAGGAUGAUGUAGCUGAAGAUCAAAGACAACGAUUAGCUAGACAAAGUCAGCAAUUCGAGUCACAGCAACAGGGUCUUCAACAAACUCAACAAGUACAACAAGGCCCUAUUCCGCUUGCGUCUAUUACCGCUGACUUGGUUCCUCCACCAUCGAAUCAACAAACAACUUGGAAAUUGCCAAGUCGUUAAUAAUUAGUACUUCUUGAACUUGUACGAAUAAAAUUCUUUUAUUCUUCAAGCCGGAAAUGUAAUAUAAGCCAAUGUACAUAUAAUUACUGAGAUUUGAUAGCAAAAGAGUUAUAAGAGCGGAAGAAACGUAACUUCUGCUUUGCUCAUUCCUUUCAAAUCAGUUAUUAAUGUUAUUAUUAUUAUUAUUAUUAUUAUUAUUAUUAUUAUUAUUAUUAUUGUUAUUAUUAUUACUAUUAAUUUUUUAUUGUUUUUUUUUAAUUUACAAAAACAAGUUAUUUGUUAUUACGAUUGUUAAUUAAUUAUCUGUUAUACGAAUAAAUUA